AUGAAUCGUGACAGUGUUCUUUAUGUUUGUACUCAUCGCGGAUCAGGUGUUGAUAUUAAUAAACUUCAUCAAGAAAUGACGCUUCACGUGACGGCUGCAGGAAAAACACCGAAUCAAGCCAGUUACAAGACAACAGCCAGCAAAUAUUCGAUAUGUUCAAUAUCAAAUUCUAUCGUAGAACUUAAAGAGCUCAUUUUAAAUUCGAUGAAAAUAGGCAGCCAUUCAGGGUGGCCAAAUUCGAAAUUCGGGAAGGAUGUUAAGUGA